GUUAAAAACAAAAUGGCGCUUAAUUCGGCCACUACUGGAGGCAAGAGUAUUUGUUAACUCGUCAUCUUCUCCGAUUCAGUUACACUGAGUUUCAGUCAGAAUCCUUUAACUAUUCAUAUCAUACACCAAGUUGUGAAAGCUAACGGUGCAAAGAAUGGAGCUAAACAAGAAUGCUCUGGCAUACUCUGCCACAACACUGGCCGCGACGAUGAUGAACUCCAUCUUCACGUUUUAUUAUGUCAAAAUUUUCCUCAACGUCUACAAGUAAGUUCGAGAGUGUAUUUAGUAAAGCCUUCAGUCGAUUUUAUUGUAGAGAUUGUGGUUUAAUCAUAGCAAUUGCAUUUUGGUUUUCUGAAGUUUAAGCCUGGCUUACUUUAGGAAGCCACGACUGUGAAUCUCAAAUAUUUGAAUUACAGAUUAAUAAAUGAAUAUUAAUAUGAGAUAGAUCCUCGAAGUUAUGAACACUACUUAAGCAAUGGUGAAAAUAAAGCUUGAUGUGAAAAUAAAUGCGAGUGGUUUUCGAAGUUGGAUGCAAACUAGUUAGGUUCCUUCUUUUGCUAGUAAAAAAAAUCUUACUAGCAAAACUUUGCUAGUAGACAAAAAAGUUAAGUUCGAGCCCUGAUGACACUCACCUUAUUUUUAAAUUUUUAUCACAUGAAACACAGAUUCCAUGUUGCCAUUGGUCUGUACAGUUACUGUAAGUUGUAAUAGAUUACAGAAGACGUCAAAAUGUUAUAAGAACUUAAGUGACACACUGGACUGCGCCUCAUGUGCCACUUCUUUUUUCCUAUGACAUGGUGAUGUCAUCUGUGAUCUGUCACUAGUCAGAUGCUCAGCAAUGUGGAAUUUAUUUGUUAAUUUCUUUUUCUAUCUCCUGUAAUAUUGCAACCAAUGGACUGUGAGUGCAUGUGGUAUGUUAUAAGUUGUUCUCCAGUUCUAAUGUUUGAUGAAAUUUUUCACUAGGAUUUCAAACUACUGGUUCAAUGUGGCUCAAGUUGUAUUCCUUAUUUGGAAUGCCAUUAAUGACCCUUUGUUUGGAUAUUUCCAGGUAAAAAAUUAAACCCCUGCCUAUUUUAGUUGGUAUUUUCAUUUUAUUACUAAAAGAGUAAAUUGUCAUGUGCCAAUCAAUCAAAGCUUGAACAUCCCCUCCUCCUCUGGCAACCUAUCAUCCAUGCCGGCAUGGGAGAAUUUGAACCUUGCCUGGGUGGGAUGGAGCAGUUGAACUGAGAGCAUCAAGUCUGUCCAGCAUAAUACAUGUGUUUUAAUGGAGAAGUUAAAAGGUAAAGGGACUGCUUUGAUUAGCAAAUGGCCAAGAAAGAUGAUUUCUACUUCACUGAUUAAUGCUUACGAGCAAAAAACCCAACAGUAGCACCAAAAAGUAAUACAUGACUUUGCUAAAUUCUACAACAUUUGCUGAUCACACUAACAAUUAUUCAAUAUUGAGUAGGGUAUUUGAAAGCAAUUUUGGCAUGGGAGGGGAGGGAGCGGGAUCUUGAAUGAGCCAAUCCUCAAAAGUUCAAAUUCCCAGGGAUGGGAAGCUUUAAAUGAUCAAUGCAUAAGUAUAUGUUGCAGCCAGUUGACUAAUCAGAUCCAGUUGAUAGAGGAAAUUGAGAAUCAACCUUGUCAAAAAGUUUCAACUCAAGAGUAAAAUUUAACUGCAUCAUAUUUGCUAAGGAAUUUACAAGUUUCCUUGAGCGUGUACAUAGUAUGUGAUGUAUCUGAUACAACUUUUGAUAAAUGACUUUAGAGUUUUAAUUGAUUUAAUUUAUAAUUAUUACUAUCCACCAGGACAGUUCUACCUGGAUGGUUUUAAGGAAACGGAGAUUGGCUAUCCUAUAUGGCGCUCCUCUAUUUGCAGUGAGGUAAAUGACAGGAAUACUGUCUAUUAUGAAUUUAUCAUUUUAUUUUUCUUGCACUUGAGUGUGGUUUUAUGACUCUUCAUCUUUUGUGUGUCUGUUUUAAAAUAUGAGUAUAUACCUGAAUAAUGUUUAAUACUGUUACUGUUCUUUCAACCUUUUCACCCCUAAAAUCUUGGUUAGGUAAUUCCCUUUACUUUCUGCCAUACAGUUUGUAUGAUAUUAGUUUGGAGAAUUUGGUAUUUGAUCAACUAAUAAUCCCUAAGUUGAUAUUUUUCUUUAUUCUCAUUACUUGUGUGCUAGAUAUUGUAUUGAUUCAGAGUAAAAGUGUCAAGAGGUGAAGAUUAACCCUUUAACUCCCAAGAUUUCAUUAGUAAUUCUCCUCACUGUCUACCAUACAGUUCUUGUAAUGUUUAAGUUUGGAGAAUUUGCUAUUGGAUCAACUUAUAAUCUCCCAACUGAUAUUUUUCUUUAUUCUCAUCACUUAUCUGCUUGAUAUUGUAGUGAUAUUGUAAGGAGAAAUUCUUUCUGGGUCAUUCAUAGGAGUUGAAGGGUUAAUAGAUAAAAUAAUUCAUAUUAAAUGGUAUGUCUCAUAUUAAUAUUGUUACAUUCAAUCCUUAUGAGGUGCCAAAUUUUUUCUAAAUUUUAUCACUGUAUAUUUUGUAUAGCUUCUUAACCCCUUGGUUUCCAUGGACUUGGCUUGGUUUAACUGGUGACUGGGUGGUUGGACUUCAUCUAAUGACUUCACUGUGCUUAUAUGAUGGCAUGUUCACAUUUGGUAUGUAGAAACUGUCAGUAAAAGUUCCUUCAAUCCUGUAUGUACAAAAACUCUGCUACCUUGAAAUCCCAAGGGAAACAAAUACAUGCUUCAAGUUUGUUGUGGUUUGAGUUAUGUGGAUUGGUGUUAAAUUUUAAUUACAGCUCCUGAUAUUAAUCAAUAAGCAAUCAUUUUUAUACCAUUCUUGCACAAUCCGCAGUCAUUUUCAUAUAUCAAGUUUGUUUCAUAAGUCAGAGCCUUUCAUAAUAAAAUUUAGUGUGGGAAAUUUAUAUAAACGUGUUUCAUUUUCAUCUUUUAAUGUCAUCACAUUCUUAUUAAUCACAGUUUAAGGUUGAGACGUCAAUCAUAUAUGUUCUGACGUUCCUCAACCAAUAUUUUUUAAUUAAAGUUCCAGUUAUCAGCUGAGGGUAAACUGGAGCAAAGGCAAAAUAAAGUUAGUUUGAGUGAAAGAUUCCUUUCUCACAUUUAAGACUAUUCUAAUCAAAGAGCACAAUCUGCUAUUUGCUUUGUAACAUCACACUAGCAUUACCAUUAGGCUCCAAUGCUCUGCACAGGAAUCUAUUGUCAGAAACAAUGACAUACACUUGGUGAUAUUGUUUGGUGAUCACAUCAAUCAGUGCAUUACUACUUAGCUAACACAUAAUAAUUUUUCUUAUUCUUUUUUUUUCUCCUUUCUUGUUUUUACAUGAAGUAUUACUUGCCCAGUGUGCUCUUUUUGCUGAGAUUUCAACUCAACAAGAGGAAAGACAGACAACUCUCAAAUAUGUGUAAGGAACUAAAUUAUAAAUGAAUAUACUAUACUGUGUAAAAUAGGAUAAUACAGUAUGUGUCAUUGUCAUGUAAGUCAUAAAUACCAUGUACACUGCAGUUGGGUCCUUUUUAGUUUAAUAAUUACCCAAAGUUGUUUUUUUUUUUUAAUAGAGAUAUUAUAAGUCAGAGUACUUUUUUGGAUUGGGUAAGCUUUGUUCACCUACAUGUAUGUGCUUAAAAUAAAUCUAGAGUAAAUAUUUGUUCUCUUUAUGUUCCAGACAAGUGGCAUCUAUUAUUGGCUCAACAGCUCUUUUAGUCAGUACAAAUGUUUAUCAGAAUGAGGUAGGGUACCAAGUAAACUUCUUGCUUGAUUAUAUAAUUGUCUUAAGGAAAAGGAACCUGGGAAAAUGUUUAGGGAGCAAAUUUUAUAAACAACUAAAGUCCACAAUUAUGUGAUUUUGAUAAGCUUUAUUUGAUACAAAAUUUUAUCUUUUAAUCUACUUCUUGUAAUUGAAUAUUAAGUGUUUUGUGAGCUGUAUUUAUAAUUUAAGUUAGUUUUUUAAUCUAAUAUUUAUUACAUUUUUUAAAUAGUUAUUGUAAAAAAAGAGUAAACCUCUUGCAUCAUACAGUAGCUGCUACAUUGUAGCUUUAAGAUCUCCAACAAUACUUAUGUGUGUUAUAGAAUAAGAAAGAUCAGGGAACUUGGUAAAAGCACUAUUCACCUGUGUGUAGUUGUAUAAUUAUGCUAACAAGAUAAAAUCAUGAUCAAACUCUCCAAACCUACAGAACACAUUUAACAUAUUUGAAGAUGGCAUUGACCCUUUUUCAAACCCUGAUUUAUUGCCUAAUAUUUGAUAUACUACUUAAAUUUUCUUAAUGGUGAAAGUAAUGAUUCUCUAGAUUUAUAAUUUCAGUUACAAAAACAGUCAUGACAAUUUCUUUUCUUUUUUUUUAAAUUUAACAGCAAAAUAAUUUCAAGUCAUUCCAAGCAGUAUGCAUUAUAGUUGCUUUUCUUAGUUGGUUACUGAUGAGGUACACUGGUAUGAAUGUUGAAGUGGCUGUGGAUGCAAGUGUGUCUGGCAGUGGAGGAAAUCAAGGUAUUUUUUAUCCCUUUGACCCCCAACAAGUAAGUAGCUGCUAGUUUCUCCAUACAAUAUCAUCCCUGAAUCAAAAAGUAGAGUCCCGAGAAUAAAGUAAAUGAUCACCAACUAAAGAAGCUUUUGAUUAAUAGACAAAUUCUCCUUGUCAGCACCUUUGGAAAUGUAUAGAGAACAGUGUGGAGAAUAUGCAGACUGAUGUUGGGGUGUAAAGGGGUAAAGAAUUUUCAUAUGAAAGAUACUGUAUGCAAAAUGGUACUCUGUACCUAAAAGGAUUAAUUUCAAUGUGAAGAGAUUUUUCAUAAUAAGGUAGUUGUGAGUUGCAGAGAUGUUGUCUGAUUUACAGAGCAAAUUGAUUUCUUUAUACCUCAAAUUUUUAGGAAUACAAUAUUAGGGUCAUUGCAACAUCAGUUGUUAUGGGUAACACGUCUAAUACAAGUGUGUGUCUGGGUAGAGUGACGAGUUGACCAUACCUUACAAAUAAGAACUUGUCACACAUAACCCUUUACACCCUAACAUCAGUAUGCAUUUUCUCUUUACUGUUCUUUACAUAUUUCCAAAGUUGCUGACAAGGAGAACUUGUUUAACAAUCACUUGAAGAGCCUCUUUAGUUGUUGAUCAUUUCCUUUAUUCUUGUGACCAUAAUGUGUGGCUCAGGGGUGAGCCACACAUUAGGGAAAUAGGGAAAAGUAGAGGCAAGUCACACUUAGGGGUUAAAGGGUUGUAAAAAUUAAUAAACAAACUGUUAUUGCUAGAGCAAUAGAUUUCAUUUUGAUUGAGUAUGGAAAACCAAUCAGAAUUGAGGGCAAAUCACAAGGGGUGAGUGAAAACUACAAGUACAAAGCAAGUAAACUGAAUGAAAUAGGAAAACAAGGUUGACCAUGGUGUUAUUGAGUUGGGUUUUGCAUCUGAUUGGUUGAUAAAGUGGUGCAAGUUUUCUGGACCAAUCAUAAAGCAAAGGAAAGGCAAGUACAAAGCAAUCUCAGAAUGCUUUGGACACUCAAUUGAAAAUGUCUCUAUUCUUGCUUGUCAAAUCCUAAGCUUACAACUGCUACUGGAGGGCCAGAAUUUAUUUUGUAGUCAGAAAGGGGCAUCUAACUGAUCUUUCACUUUUGACCUUACAUCAUAUAAGAAUUAUGUCUUGUUGUUGAACUAGACCUGUAUAACUAAAUAGUAACUAAAAGAUUGUGGUAAUUUAGUCUGAAAUUGUGGUGUUCAUUAAUUUUAAUCUUUCAGAUGGAAAGACUUCAAAGGAGUCACUUCCUCUAUUUACACUUUUAAAGCAAAUAUUAACACAAAGAAGCUUUGGUAAUUAUUACCAUUUCAUACUUUAUAAGGUUAAAGAAAUUGUUUUAGAAAAUAAUAGAAAAGUAUGUUUCUUUUGAUUUUAAUAUGUAAACAAUGAUAUUUUCGUUUAUUUUGCAGUUUGUUUUGUGGCCAUGAAUUUUUUCCAGGUAAUCUGAAAGUAAUUUUUUUAAAUACAUAUUCCAAUAACAAAGUUGACAUCAUAAAGAAUGUGCAAACUUAUCAUAUAAUUAUAGUCCCUUUAGUCUAAGAUCAUCUGGUAAGUAUAUAAUGUAUUCUUAAUGCAUUUUUAUCAAGAAAAGUAAUGAAUGUUUAUCUCUUUAACUCUCAACAUCUGAUUGUUAAAUAAAUUCUCCCUUUUAGCUGCUACAUAUUUCCUUGUAAAUUAGUUACAUGAAUUUGGUGUUAGAUACCAAUAAUUUAGAUUACAACUUGUAUUUGAUACAUUUGAGUAUUCUUAUCUCCUGUUUGCUGGAUAAUGUACAGAUAUUAUAGGGAGAAGUUACAUGUUAAUCACUUGUGGGAGGUAAAGGAUUCAGACUUCAGUAAUGAAUCCUAUCACGCUAUGAACUAAUACAUGUAUAUUUCAAUACUUUAAAUUUAGAAUUAAUAGUCAAUUUUUCAACCCAGGUACCACCAAACAAUUUUUUGUGGUAAAAGAAUAAUUACAUACUUUUUGCUCAUCAGGUUUUUCAUGUGACAUUUUGCAGCAACUUCUUUCUCAUUUUUGCGGAGCACCUUAUAGGACCUGGUGUCAUUCCAGCUGUAAGCUUCUGCCUUUUGACUUAUUUGUAAUAGAAUGGUCUCUUAGAUAUGAAAUAGAUUAUUAACUGUUGAUGUCAAUGUUGUGCAAAAAUGUAUUAAAUAAAUUUAACUAUGUGGUAAAUGGUAAGACACUAGUAAACAGUUUAAGCAUUCAGGAUUCUAUUCAGCUAGAGUUUUGAAUUUCUUCAGUAUGGUUCCUCCUUACAAAAGAUUUACUGGAUACUUUUUUUAAAACUACAUCAAUCAAAGGAAUAUAGUUUUGAUGUACCCUUUAUUAUGAAGCAUAUGUUAAUCAUAAUAUUAUGAUUUAAAGCUGUAUGUUUCCUUUUAAAAACUAGGAUACCAAAAACAUUGAAAAAUUAAUGACUAUGGAAGAUAUAUUUCUUGAAAUUAAAAAAAUCAAAACACAUUCAUAUAUAUUAUAUAGAUGAAAAAAAACAAUCAUAACACUAUAAGCUUAUAACAUGUAUGCCCUUUGUAGCUAGAGGCCAAUAAAUAUUAUACAUGUGUAAAGUGACUGUGCUUUUUAUUUUGACAAUGUGUCAUUUUCAGGUCCUGUACAGUUUAUUAACUGGGUCUGUAUUCUUGGUACCCAGGGUAGGUAUCAACUCUCGAUUUUGUUUUCUAAGUUUAUCUUCUUUACUGAUGGGAAGGGGUUUCUUAUAGGGUUGAUAAACUCACCAUUCAAAAAGAGAAGCAGUCUUUUCUAUUCUUCAUGCCAAGUACUCUUCUAUGGCCAACCCUCCUUCUCUUUGAUUUGUGUAAUGAUAAUGAGGGUGGCAAAGAUGUUUUCAGGUCCAAGAAUUUUUAGGCAUCUUGUGUACUUUAGAUAGCAUUUCAUGUGUCACAAAUUUAAAAGGAAAACUUCAAAUCUUAUCAUAUCUUGCCUUUUUGUAAACAUUCAUGCCUCAUCAUAUAUUAUUAAUUUUAGGUUUAAUUAUUUUUAGCACCCUCUAUAUAUUGCUGGUUUGGAAAUAGUUGAGGCAGGCAGGACAUAUGUAGUAUCAGGGUCCGUAUGGGUCCUGGAAAACUUGGAAAGGAAAUUUGCUUAACUCAUUCACAAGCAAUAAAGUUUUCAGAAUUUUAUGUUAUAAGAGAUGCAUGUAGACCACAAGGAGAGUUGAUUUUGAAAUCUUAGGAGUUAAAGGGUUUAAGGUGAUAUUUGGAGUCCUGAAAAAAUCAAGCUGAGUCCUGGAAACAUCCUUGAAAUUUGUUACUGAAAAAGGGAACAAACCCUAUAGUAUGCAGUGCAAGAAAAAGAGGCUUUUAAGCUUCAUUCCUCCCCAUUUGUCUGAUGACUUAUUAGUUUUUAAACUGUUUUAGCAAAUAUGAUGUCCUUACUUCAAUUAAAAGUUAUUACAAAUCUUUUCAUCAGCUGCUUGUUUUAUUAACAAGUCCAUUAUUAGCUAAGUUUGGCUCCUACAAGGUCAUUUUGUGGUCAUUCUAUGUCAAGGUAAGAAAAUUAUAUGUAUUUCUUGUACAUACUACCAUUUUUUUUAAAUUUGUUAAUCAUAAUUUAUUAUGAACCAACAAAAUGACAAGUUCUCAGUCAGCUUGUUAACAUAGUCAGGCUUUAUUUUACAAUGGCUUUUAUUCAUCUCUUGAUCUGUUGUUCUCAUACAAUGCAAAUGAUUUUCAUAGAUUCACAGUCAUUUUAAUAGCCUGUUGAGAAAGGCAAACAUGUGUUUUGAUUCAAUGUUUCUAAUGUAAAAUGCAGCCCGUUUGCAUGGACAUUCUUUCAUCCAUUACACCCUAGCACCAGUAUACAUAUUCUCCUUACUGUUCUCCAUAAAUUUCCUAAGGUGCUGACAAGGAGAAUUUGCUAGUCACAUUAAGGGUAGAAGUGUUUCAUUUAUUUAGCAACUUAAAAUGAGAUAUGGAAGUAAUCAUUGAUGAUGAGAUCAUUACUUUUUUGUUUUGUUAGUGAAGAGUAUUCAGUAAGCAUAGGCUAGUUUUAUAUAUUUAUAAUAAAUUGUUUUUUCCUAAGUACACCUAAGAUCAACAUUUAUUUCAGUGAAAACAGCUUACAAUUUUUUUCUUAACCUAUUUACAGUUGUCACUGCCUGUAGUUGUAUUUUUGGCUGGAAGGAGUAACAUUUGGGCUCUUUACUUCUUUCUUAUCAUAGACAAGUAAGUUUUUAUAUCCAAUGAAAAUAAACUUUGAUAUUGGUUGUAUGUAUAUCUGAUAAAGGGGGAAAGCUAUUAAUUAAAAGAAACUUUAGUGCUGCAUUAGUUUGGAUAUUUCCAGUUAAUGUGGUUUUAUUAACCACCAUAAAGAUUUUUUUAAAGCAUGAGUCCUUCUGACAUAGCAACUCUGACAAAGGGCCAAUGCUUGAAACUUCAGCUUUAGAAACUCAUUAUGGUGGCCAGUUUACAUCAUCAACUCUGAUGACAAGACAAAAUUAUUUUGGAUGUAUAUGUUGUGAUUCAAUGUUAUCCUUGGUUCAAAUGCGAGCUCCACUCUUAGGCUUGGCUAAAUUUAUAUAUUAUUUUCUUUUGUUUUUGGGUAUUGUAAUGUAUGAUAAUGAGUUUGAAACAAAGGAAAAUAAAAUUUGAACCAAGGAUAAAAUUGAACCACAACAUAUAUUUACAUAUCAUUUGUUCAUUACUUAAUAUUGAUCAAUUAUUAUUGGGUAGUAAAAAAUCUUUAAUUGAUGAGUGGAAUUAUUUUGUUGGGUAUUGUGGAAUAAUUGUGUCAUAAGGCUGAGAGUUUGGUUCAAGGGUUUGCUAUUUUGAGGGAAAUUAAUCAUGAUAAGCCAGCUCUCACAGUUUGUGUGUUGAUUUCAGCUCUCUCCCUGAUGCCACAUUCUCAUUGUUCAAUCUAUCUGUUUCUGACAUAAUUGAUGCUGAUAUGGAAAAAUACCAGAGAAAGUGAGUAAAGGGCCUGUAGUUUGGGUUAAAAAAAAAAAAAAAGGCUAAGUCUGCACUCUAGCCAAGUGGCCCAUGCAGCUGGAGCUUGAUCGCCAGGUUUUUAUAGUAUGAAGCAACCAAGGAGUAUUGGUACUCUCCCCUGGUUACCCUCCAGCAUUUCAUUACACUUCCCUUACAAUUUGUCAGGACCCAUGUAUGCUCCUGGGUAGACAGAGGCAUUGUGACAUUAUUUGAUUGAAUGAUAGCAUAUUUGGUUUCUUACAACUAAGUCAUGAUUACCAGUCAUUUACAAGACAUGUCUGGUUUUCAUCAGUAGCAUACUUUCCCCCCUUGUUCUUAAAGUGCACCUGUGUCCUCCAUGAUAUUCGGUACCAAUGCUCUCUUUACCAAGCCAGCACAGUCUCUAGCACCAAUGAUGGUGGUACACAUACUCUCCUGGUAUGGAUACAAGGUAAGAUGCAUUUUUCUUUUUGGAAGGUUUUUCAACAAGUCACAAAUUUUAACUCUGUGGCAUCAAGGCUCCUGAUGACAUGGAUGGUCUAAACACUGGAAAAGAGCACUUUUGUCAAUGCUACUGCACUAAAAUUUCUUGCAACGCUGCAAAUCCCAGACUAGUAUCCAAAUAUUGGUAACUGUGAAGAAAAUCUCCCUGGAAAAACCUGUCAGCUGACAGGUUACCAACAGGCCACUAUCAAAAAACUUUGAUGAAAUUAUGGUGAACUUAGUGUGCAUUCAAUUAAUCUUUCUUUAAAUGAGUUCCUGUUGCAAUCUCUUGAAUGACAAAGUGCUCAGGCGGUUAACAGUCAUCUGACUGUCAGCUGACUGUCAGCUAACAUGUCUUUUCAGGUAGUUCUUCAUCACAAUUAUACAUUUAAAUGAUUGAUACUUGAAUGUCUUGUUCUGAGAAUUUCAUUGGACUACAACGUAUGGCAACUUUUACUUGGUUGUUAUUUUUGUACAUUUGUUUUUGGCCAUUUUGGCACUGUUAAAUAAUAUAUUUGUUGAUCAUUUGUUUGUUUCCAACUAUCUUUGCAGGAUACCCAAGGCAAUAGUAAAGUCUCUUCAGGUAACAAGUACAUGAAUUUUUGAAGUCCAGUUCAUACUAGUUACUUUUAAUUUAUGCUUGUUAUUUAUUCUUUGAAUUAAAUUACCUAAAGUAUCACUCUGAGGUUAAUGUCAGUGACAAGAGCUGGAACUUGAAAAUGUGUUUUUGAGUAAGAGGUGAAAAAUUUUCCCAAAGUAUCACCUUUUCAUGUUUCAAUUCUCUAUUAUUUUCUCUGUUUUGUAAAAUUUGAACCCAGCAAGAAGUUGAGGCAUAACAUGCUUGAUGUAACUACCAACAACUUGGGUUACAACCUCUUUUUGUUGAAUCAUAAUGGUUAUUGGAAACUUUCCAACAACAUUUCAUUUUGUUUGGAUCAGUUCUUUAAACUCAACUCACAUUUAAUUUCACACAUCAGUUACCAAUCAUUUUCUUUUUUUUUUUUUUUCAGGGUCACCAGGGCAACUUUUAGAUGCUAUGUUUUUCCUUUUGUGUAUCAUUCCUCUCAUAAUUGCUAUGGUUCAAAUUGUGGUGUGGGCCUUCUACCCUCUUAAGAGACCAAAAAAGGCUCAGGACAUAUCCAAGAUUCUGUUAUAA